AUGUGUACACCAAAAAGGGCACAUAGAGUAGAAAAAUUAUCUAUGCAUGCUAAUGCAUUAUUAUUAAAUCAAUUACCAUAUAAAUUGAGAGAUACAGGUGCCCCUUUAAUUUCAUGUGAUAUUGGUAGAUUCAUUUUUCAGAAUACAUUACUUGACAUUGGUGCUAAUAUUAAUUUAUUACCUGUAAGUAUUUGUGAUAAAUUUAAUAUUUUUGAUCUUAAACCUUCUACUGUUACCUUAGAAUUUGCUAAUAGAUCCAUAAAACAUCCUAAGAGUAUUUUAGAAAAUAUGAUAGUAACAAUUAAAGGGUGUAAAUUUCCAACUGAUUUUGUAGUGCUGGAAAUAGAUUUUAAUGGACAAUUUUAUGAUACACGAAUCAUCCUAGGGAUACCGUUUUUGUAUACAGCAAAGAUGAAUAUUGAUUUUCUCACGAGUAUUGCAAAAAUUUCAUGUGGAGAUCAAUCAGUAGAAAUUAAAAUUUUUGAGGUAUCAAAUGAUCUUAAGAAAUCCCAAGUAUAUGAUUGUCAUAUAGAUCUUCUAAAUGAUUUUGAUGAUCCAAAUGUUAUUGAUGACUGUGUGCUGGAAGAAUUAGAGAAAAUAAAGAAUAUAAAUUUAGAAGAAAAGAAAGAGAGAUCAUCUGAAUUUAGAGUUGAAACUUCUUCCCUCUAGUUUAAAAUAUAUGUUCUUGGAAGAAAAUAAUUUAUUUUCUAUUAUUACUGUAGCUGAUUUGAGUGAUGAAUAGGAAGAAGAAUUAUUAGAUGUACUUCGAAAAAAUAAGAAGUUUAUGGGCUGGAAAAUGGAUGAUCUAAGGGGCAUUGACAUGAGUGUAUACAUGCAUAGUAUACAUGAUAUAAGGGGGCUAGAACUAGUAGAGAACCACAACGAAGAUUAAAUCCUAACAUCAUGAAAAUUGUAAAAAAAAAAAUUAAAGUGGCUGGCUGUUGAUAUUAUUUAUCUUAUUUCAGAUAGCAAAUGAGUUAGUCCUACACAAGUGGUGCCAAAAAAAAUCAGGGAUCACGGUUAUAAAAAAUGAAAAUGGAGAUGAAAUACAAACAAGAUUAACUAUCGGUUGGAGGGUUUGCAUUGAUUAUAGAAAAUUAAAUUCAGUUACUAGAAAAAAUCAUUUUCCCCUACCAUUUACUGAUCAAAUUCUAGAAAAAUUAGCUAGAAAAAACUUUUUUUGUUUUCUGGAUAGAUACUCUAGUUACAAUCAAAUUUAUAUAAACCCUUUAGAUCAAGAAAAAACAACUUUCACUUGUCCAUUUGGUACUUUUGCUUUUAAACGCAUGCCUUUUGAUCUAUGUAAUGCUCUAGCCACAUUUCAAAGAUGUAUGCUGUCUUUUUUUUUUUAUAUGAUUAGAAAAUGUAUGGAAAUUUUUAUGGACGAUUUUUCUGUUUUUGGUGAAUCAUUUGAUGAAUGCUUAAAUCAUUUAGAGCAUAUACUUGAGAAAUGCACAGAGAAAAAAUUAGUUUUGAGUUGGAAGAAAUCACAUUUUAUGGUUAAACAGGGAGUUGUGUUGGGUCAUAUUGUAAAUGAAAGGGGUUUAGAGGUGGAUAGAGCAAAAAUUGAUAUUAUAUCUAAAAUAAAACCUCCAAAUUAAAUAAAACAGAUUAGAUCUUUCUUGGGUCAUGUAGGUUAUUAUAGAAAAUUUAUUCAAGAUUUUUCAAAAAUUUCUAAACCUCUCACCAUGCUAUUAUCUAAAGAUGUGGCUUUUAAUUUUGAUGAGAAAUAUUUUGAGUCUUUUUCCAAAAUAUAAAGAUUACUUACUAAGGCACCUAUUUUACAAGCUCUUGAUUGGUCCCUUCCCUUUGAAAUAAUGUGUGAUGCAUCGAAUUAUGUAGUGGGGGCAGUUCUAGGACAAAUAAAAGAGUCAAAACCCAUAGUAAUUUCAUAUGCUAGUAAAACUAUAUUCGAUGCUCAAUUAAAUUAUACCACGACUGAAAAAGACUUGUUAGCUGUAGUAUUUUCGUUAGAAAGGUUUAGAUCAUAUAUUUUAGGAGCUAAAAUUAUUAUUUAUACUGAUCAUGUAGCAUUAAAAUAUUUGUUAAAUAAGAAAGAUGUAAAGUCACGUUUAUUAAGAUGGAUUUUAUUGUUGUAGAAAUUUGACUUAGAAAUAAAAGGUAAAAAAGGUUUCGAGAAUGCUAUUGCUAACCAUCUUUCUAGAUUAAGUAAUACAGGAAUAAAUGCAGCACCUUUACAAGAUGCAUUUCGAGAUGAACAAUUGAUGGCAGCUCAACAUCAACCGUCACCAUGGUAUGAACAUAUUGUUAAUUUUCUAGUUUCUAGAAAAACUCCAGAACAAUGGGAUAAGAAUAGAAAACAUCAUUUCUUUUCUAAGAUUAGAAAUUAUUUUUGGCAUAAUCCUUAUUUAUAUUACUUGGGCAAUGAUCAUAUUUUAAAAAGAUGUGUUCAUGAAGAAGAAUACCAUAGCAUUAUUAACAUAUGCCAUUCAUCUAAUUGUGGAGGACAUUUCUCUAGAUGAAAAAUAGCUACAAAAUUUUUUCAGUGUGGUUUUUAUUGGCCUACAAUCAUUAGAGAUUCUAUAGAAUUUAGUAGAACAUGUAUUUCAUGCUAAUCUAUAGGUAACAUGAGUAAAAAAGAUGAAAUGCCCAUGAGUAACAUGUUAGUAGUCGAAAUUUUUGAUAUAUGGUGAAUAGAUUUCAUGGGUCCCUUCCCAUUAGCUGAAAAAUAUGAAUAUAUUUUGCUUGUUGUUGAUCAUGUGUAGAAGUGGGUGGAAGCUAUUCCUACUAGAACUAAUGAUUAAAAAAUUGUGAUGAAAUUUGUGUAAGAAAAUAUUUUUUUGAGAUUUGGAUGUCCUAGAGUGAUUAUUGUUGAUGGAGGAACACAUUUUACAAAUAAACAUUUCAAAGAAUUGUUGAAAAAGAAUGGAGUACACCAUAGAGUAGCCACUCCAUAUCAUCCCCAAACAAAUGGGCAAGCUAAAGUAGGAAAUAGGGAAAUUCAGAGAAUUUUGAGAAAAAUAGUUAGACUAGAUAGGAAAGAUUGGCCCACGAAAUUACAAGAUGUAUUAUAGGCUUAUAGAAUAGCUUAUAAAAAUCCCAUAGGUAUGUCCCCAUUUUGUCUCAUUUUUAGAAAGCCAUGUCAUCUUCUUGUGGAAAUGGAGCAUAAAACAUUAUGGGCUAUAAAAAAUUUAUGUAUGGAUGAAAAAUCAGCUGGUGGGCAUAGAAUUUUUCAACUGCAUGAACUAGAGGAGUUGAGAAAUGAAGCUUAUGAAAAUCAUAGAAUAUAUAAAGAAAAAACUAAAACUUUUCAUGAUAAAUAUAUUAGCAGAAAAAAAUUUGAUGUUUGACAAAAAGUGUGGUAUAUGAUUCUAAGCUGAAAUUAUUCCUAAGAAAAUUAAAAUCAAAAUAGAAAGGGCCUUAUGUGGUGGAAGAGACAUGUGAUCAUGGGGCUGUAAUGAUUAAAGAUCCUAAAAGUGAUCAUAACUUUAAGGUAAAUGGACAACGGCUUAAACAUUAUAUAUAA